UUUUUUUUGACGGUAAUAUAUUGAAUUCAAUCAGGAGCAAUUUUUACUUCGUUAUUAUUUUCUGAGAAAAAAAUAAAAACAUGAAAGAAGAUUACGAGAUUGAAGAGAAAAAGCAAGCUGCAGCUGAUGUUUUAUUCAAUUACUCCAAAUUUGUAGCGGCUUGUAUUGGAAAUCGUGUUCGUCCUUGUGAUUUGAGAAUGCAUCUUAUGAAGGAGAUAUCUGGAAUACCAACAACCCUCAAGCGAGAGUCAUUUCCAGUUACAGCUUCUCCAGAUGCAAUGGGAGAAUCAUCAAGCUCUGGUACAGCCAGACUCGAUAAAACAGAUAGCUUUCGCGCACUAUAAACUCUGGGGUUGAAGUUGUGGAAUUGAUGACUGCACUAUCGACUGCCACGACUGGUCAUGGGAACCUGCUACUGUUUUGGUUUGUUUUGUUUCUCUUCGGUGAAAAGUGGUGACUGUGUUCAAUAUUUUGGACCAUAGGCUGGAGAUGGACAUCUGAUAUGAUUCUGAUCUCUUCGACAUUGAUACAAAAGCCUGUAUAGUUAAGUUCUAUAAGAAAAGUUUUCUCAAUGAAUUUUCAUAAUGUAGUUCUUUUUUCACGCUUACAUUUCA